ACCGGCAAGGACAGGAAAAAAAGACUCCACCGGUCCCACCCCCUCGCCGCCGCCGCCGCCGCCGCCGCCGGCGGCGCGAAGUCAGCUUGCUCCUCCCAGCGGUUCGAAUCGCCGUCUUCGCUGGCCACAGUUCGCACGAACCAGCCCCCCCUUGUCGUCGGCGGCUGCCCCAGCUCCUCCCCCGGCCGAUUAAUCCCCUCUGGUCGCCCUCCGCCGUUUGGCCGAAGCUCCUCAAGAUAUCUGCAGAGACACUCUGCGAAAUUUGUCAGUUUGGCCGAAGCUGAAGAUAUCCAAUGGAGUCAUGUAGUGUUUCCAGGAUAAUGAGCUUAGGGAAGCUUGCUAUACACCGGACGUAUUUGUGCACCCUAAUCUUCAGAACUUUGCCAAAGAUGCUAGGCUUCACUCCCAGUUUGCUGAAGAGAUUCUGCAAAGCUGAACAUGUUGAGCUACAACUGACCAAGAAGACUACACUGGGCACAUUGCCGGAGCUGCCUCCGGACAUUUUGAUGGGUAUCUUUGCCACCCUUGAGAUCCCUGACCUCGUGCGUGCCGGUUCUAUCUGCUCAUCCUGGCGCUCCGCAUACACAAGCCUACGGAGCCUUGGGCAGUACAAACUCCAGCAGACGCCAUGUCUCCUCUACACCUCCAAAUCCACCAGUGAGAGUGUUGCAUGCCUCUACAGCCUCGCAGAGAAGCGAUUGUACAAGUUAACCCUCCCGGAGCCGCCUAUCCGCACUAGGUGUUUGAUCGGGUCCUCACAUGGCUGGCUGAUAACUGCUGAUGAGAGAUCUGAGAUGCACCUCGUCAAUCCGGUCACAGGUGAACAGAUUGCUCUCCCUUCAGUGAUCACCAUUGAGCAGGUGAGGCCCAUCUUUGAUGAGCAUGGUGCUGUCCACAAGUAUGAACUCUCAUGGCACACUGGAAUGCACGAUGGUUAUAACUUGCCGUCAAUCUUUGAUCUUGACAACCUGCGGCACGAACUCCACUAUAAGGCGUAUGUGUUCUCCGAUGCAUCCACGGAAAGCUUCAUUGUGGUGCUCAUCCACAAUCCAAUGCGUCAGCUCUCUUAUGCAAGGGUAGGGGAUGACAAGUGGACCUGGCUGCCACCUCAUGAUGUCUAUGACGACUGCACUUACAAGAAUGGCCUAUUGUAUGCAGUGACUUCAACUGGAGAAAUUCAUACUUUUGAUCUUAGUGGGCCUGUCGCCAGUAUGAAGAUAAUUAUGGGGGCAUCUGAGAAUGUUUCAGCUGGCAGUGCGUACAUUGUUCAAGCUCCCUGGGGUGAUCUGCUGCUUAUUUGGAGAAUCUUUGGGUAUUAUGAUUUAGAACCUGAACCUGGGGCAUCUGUGUUUUGGCAAACAGGCAGAAUUAAUAUGUAUGAAGUUGACAUGGUGGCAAGUAAACUUAAGGAAAUCAAUUCGUUGCGUGCCCAUGUGUUAUUUCUUGGGCAUAAUCAAUCUCUUUGUCUCAAUGCUGAAGAAUAUCCAGCUCUCAAGGCAAAUCAUGUCUACUUUACUGAUGAUAGUUUUUUCUGGACAACGGGAUUGAAGAAUAAUCACCGUGACAUGGGAGUUCUCAAUUUGGAUGAUAAUAGCAGGGAGGAAAUUAUAUCUCCUCAUCUUUGCUCCAACUUUCCAGCUCCUAUGUGGAUUACGGCUGAUCUUAGAAAGAUGAACUUGGCAUCAGUAGGGGUAGCUUGAAUAAGAGCUGAUGGGUUCAAUGAGCUAAUAAUGGGUGGUAUUUGCAAGGUUAUUGCAGAUACCCAGGGAGUACUAGGACUGUGCGCGGCCAUUAUUUGCAAUGAGCUAAUAAUGCCCUUAGUUUGUACACUCGACUAGCUUCGAUCCAGUUUACUUUGAAUAAAGAGAUUUCGUUUUCCUUUGUUUACUCAUGUUGUUUACUCAAUGUUCCAAAUAACUCUCUCCAAUUUUAAUGUGUCAACAGAAACUUGAGGAAUACCAAAUUGCUCUCUCCAUUUUUUUGGGGUAUGUUCGGAACAUAUGGUGUAUGCUCAAAACAUUGCUGGGGCGGAAUC